CUUGAUAAUUUGUUGUUUUUUUAGCAACUAAAUAGCCGAUAAACAACUCACCUUUACAAGUUUCAAGCACACCAUGAAUUGACAGAUUUCCAGGGGUGCAAGUUGUUGCGCUUGGCCCAAAAAUACGGUUUCAAAGGUUGUUAUGUGCUGUCGUAGAAGGUACAUUCUACCUGCAGCUUCGUCGUGCCCUCAGAGAUGGGCAAUCAGCUCUCCGGAAUUGCGCCUUCGCAGAUCCUUAGUGUUGAACAUUAUUUCAGUGAUCUACCCGACUUUGAAUUUGACGGAAGGUACUGCAAGAUUUUUUUUUUGAUAAUCCGUUUUGAAUAAGAUCUCAAACCUUAACGCCAGUCACUGGCGAUGUACCUUUACGUAAGCUUAAGAUCAAGGCUGUGAUUGCCUCUCGGACUUUCUCUUUGAUUUGAAAAGUUCCCAAUGGUGAUUGAUUAAUUCAAAUAGGGCUAUUUUUUUGCAAAGUAAUUGAUUUUAUUCACCCUAUUUUAGCAUAAAUUUUUCAAAAUGCUGCGUGCGUGCAAAGGCUAGAUUCAAAAAUAUUCCCUCCCGAGGAUCUUGGCCUAAGUUGUCGGUCAGGAAGCCAUGGAUAGAAUGAAAACAACUUCUCGUUGAGCAGGUCCUUUUAAUUUUUUUAAUUCAGUGUCAUGAUGUGAGAAGAUCAUUUAAUUCUUAUUUUAUUUGCUCGCUCAUUUUCUGUUACAGUUUGGGAAGCACAAGGUUUUUCAAGGUUGCUCGAGCGAAGCACCGGUGAGUUACAGUACAUUGUACUCUUUUAAUGUGCAGUCAUGUACAGUGGAGCUCAUAACCUAAUCACAAACUACGGUAAAUAAUAUAUGCGGCUUCACAUGUGCCUAUAACAUGAAAUUCAUCUAGGUUUAUUGCUUUCCAAUGUAAAUAAUAAUUUUCUUUGUAAAUUAAGUUGUACUCUUCUUGUUUAUCGAAAGGUUGCGGUGGGUGUCAUUUGUUUCAUUCCUAUUAAUAAUGUUUCUUUUCGUAUACAUAAGAUUUUCGGGGUCUGAAAAUCUUGAAAGAUGUAUUCAAAUGCACUUUAGAUGAUACUCUUCAUCCUGUUUAUUAAUAAUCAUGCUUGCAGUUCUCUUUAGGUAGAAAAACAGACAUUACAAGAGAACUUGACACUUGUUUGUUUACAUUAGCAAAAUAAUUGGAAUUCAAAUGAUUUUUGACAUAUUUGAAUCUUCACAGACAAUCUGGUUUGUGAGUUAGUGUUGAUGGUUUUAUUGUAUUUCAGAAAAAUUGCAUGAUUUUACAUCUUUUUCAAACUAUUUUCUUUGACAGUUUCAGAUCUUUUCUUCUUUUUAACUUCACUUUUUCUUCUCUUAUAAAGCAGAAGCAUUAAUACAGGUCUAGUAAUUAUCCAUAUAUUAUUCAACAAGCUACUUGUGCAUAAUUCUUGUUCAAAUUAUGCAGUUAUUAGCUGUUAAAUUAUGUAUCAAGCAAAUGGUAUUUCUUUGCAGUGUAACAGUCCUAUUUUUCUGUUUUGUAAUUGCUAAAUUGUGUAAAGAAAAGAAGGGUUUCUUUAAGUUGAUUUGUGAUAGUUCAAGGUGCAUGUUUUAUAACAAAAUGUGAAAAGGUGCACCACCAAAGGAAAGAAAUGCUCUUCUUUUCAGAUUUCCCAAAUUUGUCAUUUUAUCAAGGUCAAGCUUUUUAUUAAGUGGUUUUAAGUGUUGAUUCCAAUCAUAUUGAAAUAGCACAAGUUGAUUAUGAUAUAGGUGAUUUCCCAGGAAAUAUUAUUUUUUUUCUUUGUUGCAUUGAUGGGCUAUUAUUUCAUUGUUAAGUAUUGUUUGAGAUAGACAUUAAUUAUGAAAAAGGUGGUGUUAGAGAGUACUUCAAAUGUCAAAGUGAAUUCUAGGCUAAUGAUUUACAUUUUUGUUUCUAAAUCUGGUCUGUGAAUUAUUAAAUCUUUUUUCAGUGUUUCUCUGUAGCUCUAAUGUGUAACUUUAACAUCACUUAAUGAUAUUUCUGUGAAUGUUUAGUCCUUGAAUUUUGGAUGAAGAAAGCUGACAUCAUUCAGUGUUAUUGGACUUUCAGGGCUCUAAGCUAAACUUGUUUCAAAUUUGGCAACCUAAAAUCUCAAUGAAAAGUUAGUCACCAGAAAUUGAAAGGCUGGCUGGCAAUCCCUUAUGGAGGUUAAGGUAGCACCUCCAUGCUUAAUGCUUGAAAAACUCAAGGGGAUAGUGGCAAAUGUUUUUCAAUAAGAAAUCAAAGGAGCCUUGAUAUUUUAUGGAAGUAGUUAUCUCAGUUUAACUCAAGACUAGUAAUAAGUAUUGAUAAAAACAAAUGUACAUUUUAGUAAGGUAUAAUAACAGCUGCCAAAACAAGGUCACUUACAUGUAAUUUGCAACAUGUCUCAAAUUCAGUUGCCUUAACCUCUUACACCCUAAUAUCAGUAUACAUUUCUCCUUAAUGUUCUCUAUACAUUUCCUGUGGUAAUGACAAAGAGAAUUUGUUUAACAAUCAAAAGCUUCUUUAGUUGGUGAUCAUUUCCUUUAAUCUCAUAAGCUCAAUGUUUGUUUUAGGGGGGAUACUGAUAGGAGAAAAUGGUUUCUAAUCACCCCUAGGGGUUGAAGGGUUAAUAUUUUGUCCUCUCCUUUGUGAUUAACUGUUGUGGCUUGGAGCACUGGAAGUUUUUAAAUACUUUCAGGGUAUUUUCUGCCUUUUUAUUUCUCAUGAUCUGUUCUCAAUGUCCCUUUUGUUCAAUCAAAUUUUUGUUUUCUUUGGAGGCUUAACUGUGCAGAGUCAAUUUCUCUUCCAAUGAAUAUGAAAAACUCUCUCUUUGAAUAAGAGGCAAAGGUGAAGAGUUAUUUGUAGCUUAGUACAUUUGUGUAUUCAUUCAAACCUUCCUCAACUCUUCUGCUCUCAGAUGGGAUUAUAAUGCAACUUCUUGUGAUUCCUUGUAGAGAACAGAGAGGUGUAUCAGCCAAUGAGUGUUAUUUUUUAUAAAACACCAAAUUCUCCUGUCUACUUUACAAGGAAAUACAUGUAUAUGCCAGCCAGGAAGGAGAAUUAUUAAUUUGAUCUUGGGAGUUAGUGGGUUUGAAGCAGUCACCCUCAGAAAGUGACUGAAGAGCUGCCUACAAGAGCUUGAUUGUUCACUUGUGGUUGAAGAAAUGGAGUGUGUAAUUUAGCAAACAUUAACUAGAGGGCAAAAUGUAUCCCACAAUUUAUAUCUUAGUGUGAACAAAAUUAUAUUUAUAGUUAAAAUUUACCAUUAGCAAGCAGAUGCCUUAAAGGCAACCAUGUUUCCCAUCACUAAUAAUCAUUUUAUCAGUUAUUUAUAAUAACUUUUAUUAGUUCAAUAAGGGAACUCUUUGGUAGAAACAGCAAUUGCUAGAAAUUUAUAGGGGACAAUGUGUCCCCUAAGUGGAGCUAACCAUUUAAUAGAGGUCAAAUAUGGCAUCUGGACGUAACUCAAGGUCAUUUGAAAAAGUGACUGUAUAAGAAUGGGUGAUCACCUAAUGACAGCCAGUUUGGUAUAGGUUUGACUGCAUUGUAUCUUUAAUUUUUGUUUUGUUAACUAAGAGUUUUAUGUACUUCACUUCUUUUAGGGAAGGACUAUGUGUUGUGAAGGUAUUUGCAAUCCAAGAUCCCUCUCUUCCUUUGAAGACAUACCAAGAUCAGCUGACAGAUAUCAAGAACAGACUGGCUACAGCACCAAAUGUUCUGCCAUUUCACCAUUCCAUUCUAACAGACAAAGCUAGUUUGCUUAUGAGGCAGUUUAUCAAGGACAACUUGUAUGAUAGAAUAAGGCAAGUGUUUCUCAAUGUUUGAUUGUGAGAUCCUGGAUGAGCAUUAACUUUGUGCAUCUUUAUUGUAUCAAUAUUAUGAAAGUAUUACAGUGUGGUAGCAAAGGAAAAAGUCUCAAUCACUCCUUAUCACUUCAUGGUAAUGAAACUUGGACAAGCUCUAACUGGAUGGGGCUUUUUGUUUUAACUAAAAGACGACAUUACUCCUCUAUAAUUACGUGAAUAUGAAAGAAAAGCUACCACUUUUUGCAUAUUGUGCUUUAUUUAUAAUAAAAAUGUUAGACAUUUGACAUUUGACAUGGUCAGGUGUUUUGGUUGGGUACAAGAUUGUAGUAACCUUGUUGUAUGAAGUACAGAAGAUGUAGAACACACUUGCUUUGUGUGUUUAGUUAAUACAUCUUUACAGUGUAAUUAUGGACACUGAAAAGAAACUAAUCAUGAUCAACCCAAGUACAGUAUAAUUAUGUAUUUGAUAUUUGGAAUUAUUACAUUUCAACUCUUAAGUUCCCACUUGGACUUCAGAACCUCCAUCUUGUCAUCAGUGCUGGAAAUGCUGAUUAACAUCAGACCUUACACUGUUCAAAGUAAUAAAAGAUGAUUAUUGAAAAUUGUGAAAAUUAUUCAUUCGUAGCACUCGACCUUUCCUUGAUGUUAUUGAGAAGAAAUGGAUUGUGUUCCAGUUGUUAUGUGCUCUGGAUCAGUGUCACUCUGUGAAGGUUUGUUGCCCAUUAGUCCUUACUAACUUGAUUCUUACAUGUACACUCAAAACUAUAGUCACAGCUAUGCAAUCCAUGAUUUUUUUGUGGUUAAAAAUUGAUCAUGGUGCUUGGUCAGUUAUAGUGUUUAGCCUAUACUAGGCAACAAUUUUCUAUAAUGUCCUAAACUAUAUGGGUUCCAAAACAAGGGAAGGCAACUCAUAUUCUCUCUACUCCCUUGUAACUGAGUUCAAAACAGUUUGGAUUUUGAAGACUUAUUUUGGGAGCAAUUGUCUCUUUUAGGACUAGGACUUUCCAAAAUUUUUUUUGCAUCUCUCAAGCAAAUUUUUCAGUGACUUCUCUCAAGUUGCUUUUCCCUUGGUUGUGGCCUAGGUUGUUUUAACCUUAAUUUUGAAAAUUACUGAUUAAAAUUAAUGUCCAUUUCUUGUCUCUGACAGCAGUACUUAUAACAAAACAUCAACUUUGUGUUUCAGGUCUGCCAUGGUGACAUCAAAACUGAGAAUGUAAUGGUGACUGGAUGGAACUGGGUCCUGUUAACUGACAUUGCAAGUUUUAAGCCUGCAUUUCUCCCUGAAGAUAAUCCAGCAGAUUUCAACUUUUUCUUUGACACGUCUCGUCGCCGCAGUUGCUACAUUGCACCUGAGAGAUUUCUGGAUUCAAGGCAAGCAGAUCAGUUAUUGACCAGAGGCUCUGUGACAGCAGGAAAUGGUGAUAUUCAAUCCAAUAAUGGUCCCAGUCUGCCAGACAUGGAUUUUGUUCGACAUCAGCAAGGAACUCUGACACCUCAGAUGGACAUAUUUUCUGCUGGGUAAGGAAAGAAUACAAGACCCAAUUUUUAUAUCAAUAGAGUGAAAAUAUACUGGUCAACCCAUGCAUUUAAUUCCUCCAAAUUGAUCACCCCUGUAUCAAAAUUAAGGUCAUUAGGAUAAAGGCAAUGAUUCCUCAACCAAGGAAGCUCUUAACUGGGAAUAUAGCUAGGGAACAGUAUGAAAGACAUGCUUACUGAUAUUGGGGUAUAAAGAGAUUGGGAAGGAAUAUGAUGUGGCUUAAACAUUAAGACACUGUUAGAAAUUCCUUAUAUCUUUCAAAAGGAAUUAAUUCCCCACAGGCUCAUGCAAAGCAGAGGGAGGGACGGGACUCUACUCUAAAAUCAAGCAUUAUGGGUAGUUUUCAGCAAAUUGUAUACUAAAAACAUGGGAGUUGUUGUUUUGCUAUGAGAGUAGAUUUGAAAUAAGUCCAUUUUUGUCCAAAUGGUGAGAUAUACUAGAAAAAGUGAUCUUCAAGGUACUGAACUAUUAAAUGCAUAAUAGAUUCAAAAUGAGGUGGCAGAGGAUUCAGAACAGGAAAUUAUUUAAAAAAUUAGUGAUGAUUCACCAAAGGAAAUUAAAAAACAAUAUAAUGCAAGCAGGGUACUUACAAUUUCUAUAUCAUGAUAUGAUUGGGAAGAUCACACUUCAAAUGCAGUUCUUGCAAUAAAACUUCAAGUUAGUCACUUGGUUUAUUUGGUGGUAAGACUCACAAUCUCUCUUUCUCUCUGUUUCACAGGUGUGUGAUAGCUGAACUUUUCAAUGAGGGUAACAGGUUAUUUGACCUGUCAGAACUUCUCUCCUAUCGUAAUGGAGUCUAUGAUCCUACAGCAACAUUAUCACUCAUAGAAGAUGCUAAUAUCAGGGUAGGUGAUGUUCCAUAUAAUUAUCUUUUGAAUUUUCUAUCUCAGCAUAUUUUGAAAGAUGUUUUAUUUCCCCUGCAGCAUCCUGUGUGGAACUAGGUCAAGUAGAACAUGUUAAACUAUCACUAAAUUUUUAUGUAAUAGUUAGCCAUUUAAAUGCAAGAUUGGCUAUUUUGUUGUGUCAUUUCCUUUGGCAUAGACACUUGACUCUCAGGUGCCCAGCUCCACCAGAGGUGUAACAAAAUGUUGGGGGUAAUUUUUUCAGGAGACCAGCAUUCAGGGGUGACACAGAUACCUACAUGAGCAUUUAUCAAAUACCAUCCUGGAUUGAAGGUUUAGAGGUCUAAAUUUGUGACCUGGCCAAUUUUUUGUGUUGUGUUCUUAGGAAAGACAUGGUACUCUCACAAUGGGUGUUUCUCUUCCCUCUCAGAGUAUAAAUGGAUAUCAGCUAAUUAUCAGGAAAACCUGACAAAAUGUUUUGGGGGGGGGGGGGGGGGGCACUGUUAAUGUGCAAUGGACCAUGGUAGCUUCAUGCUAAGGAAACCAAAGUAACCUGGGGAUACACAGGCCUGUUUGUUAGAUUAUACAUGGACGUCUUAGGAAGAACUUACAUGUUAAUCACCUCUGGGAGUUGGAGCAUACCAAUCUUGUUGGAUAUCAGUAUAUAACUCCUAGUUGCUUCACACUACAGAAACAGGGAUCAGUUCUGGGGCUUCUACAUGUACAUAUUUGUGAGUCACUCAUAAUGAACUCCUGCUGAUAAAAACUGUAGAGAGUAAGUAUAUAAUUUUCCACCUGAACAUUUCCUUCAUAUACGGUCUGUUACAGGAAUUAGUGGAACAAAUGAUCAGUAAGGAUGAAAAGAGUAGAUUGUCUGCUGCUGAGUUCAUGACAAAAUACAGAGGUAAGUAAAACACAAAAUUUGGGAGGUUAAAAAAGAUGUCUAGCUCUUAGAUCAUUUCUUAACCUCUGAUGACAUUCACUUUCAAGCAAUCAAAAAAUAAAACAAAUCUCAUUUAUAUACUGACUAAUCAUGAAAGUGCACAGUUAUGGAACAAGAGAUGAAAAAAGGAGUCUAGUUCUGAGUAUAAUUCUGAACUUGACAAAUAUAAUGAUGUUCCCUCAACUUUAUGGAGCUCAGUAUGUUCAUGGUGUAUCAUCUUCUGUGGCCAACAUUAGUUUCAUGACAUCUGAUACGUACAUUACACUGUAUCUGAAAUUAAAAAUGUGUUGGUUUUUAAAUGAAGGAUGUGAUUUAGUUGGAAAGUUAUUACACUGUAUACGAUAGCUAUUAUCAAUUUUGCACCACUCCACUUGGUGCAACUUAGAUUUUAGGUUCAAAGGAUUUACUCUUUUAGAGAUUCACAUAAGCCGUACGUAAAUUAACAGAACAUAUAAGCACCAAAAAUCUUUCUUAACCAAGACAACCUUCCUUUUGUUCAUUUUCUUCACAACUUUCAGCUGGUUUUUGUGAUUCAAAAUUGUGUCUUCUUUCAUGGACCUUUUAUCUCUCAUCAGGGGUAAUAUUUCCUGAGCAGUUUUACACAUUUCUCAAAAACUACAUGAGCAAAUUUUCCAUGUUGCCAGUACUUACAGCGGAUGAGAAGAUUGGCAGGUACGAGUAUUUUUGUUUUGCUUUAAGUCUGCCUGUAGCUCUUGCCUCAGUUAUACACACCCUUGUCCAUAUUUUCUUGAGGCAAAUAGACCUUUGUUAUCUGUCUUUUUUUUUUAGAAAUUCCUAUAAGUGACCCUUAAGUUUUGUUUUGUAGAAUAAAACGUGAUAUUGGGCAGAUCCUUCAAGAACUGCUGGUAAAGUCUGGUGGAGGUGAAGAAGAUGUGUCGGUUAAAGAAGGUACAAGUGUAUGUUUGUCUUUGGAUUUGUUUUGUUUUAAUUUGUCCACCUUCCUUCUUUGACUUGAAUUUCCCUAAAUCCCCAUUGUAAGUUGUAACUUUUACCUUGAGAAUAAUAUCUUAACAGUGUUUUUUCUGUUUUUAGGCUGUCUUGUUAUUAUUGUCUCUCUCCUAACUUCUUGCAUCAGAAGCUGUAAGGUAAAGGAUGCAAAAUUUUAUAGUUACACUGUAAUCUUCGGGUAAGCUCCCUUUAGUGUUUGCCAAUAGCGAGACAAUAAGUAACCUGCCUAAAGGUCUUUCAGUGAACGGAAAAUUACCCCGUGAGCUAUGUGAUUACUUUCGGUAUUCAAAUGAAAACUGCUCAAAGCCAAAGAUUAACAACGUGUAAUUUUAAUCGUUGCUCUGUGUAAGCUGUAAGUAUGUUAAAUUCGCAUGUACAUGAUGUAUGUAAACAAAACUUGUACAUAUUGAAUGGCUUUCCCCACAGUAUUGUGUGUCCAAGCUGACAGUUCUGGAGCUUCUCCUGAAAAUUGCCCAUCAUGUCAGCGACGAUAUAAUUCUUGAGCGACUUCUUCCUUACAUUCUGUUCCUUGUCAACGACCCUCUACCACAAGUCAGGGCCCAAGCCCUGAAGAUCUUAACCCAGUGUCUACAACUUGUUCGCAGUAUGCCUCGCAGCGACGCAAAUAUUUUCCCAGAGUACAUCCUGCCAAGCUUGUCUUGGCUGACUCAAGACCAAGAAGUCAUAGUAAGAAUAGCCUAUGCUGAGAAUAUUGCCUCCCUGGCCGAGACGGCUUUGAAGUUUUUGGAAAUGGCCCAGUUAGAUUUUGCCAAUCAGGAAAAUAAUGAAGAUAGUGACGCUCCCAUACAGUAUCAGGUGAAUUAUCAUGAGUCACUUCUUUUUUUAGUGCCCAGACUUGAUGUUAUACAAUGUAGUUUGGCGGAAAAGUAAUGAAAACGAAUUUCUAGAAAUUUAGAGCGCUUUUAGUUAUUUUUAUCGUAGUUUCAUUGAAAUUUCGCCGGGAAUCCAGAAGGGAGGGUAAUUUGUAGCUGAGAUGGAGCGGAAAUUCCAGGUAUUGAAAUUCACAAGCAACGCAAUUAAACGCCGUGGUAUAGGAAAAAAUAUCAAUGAGGUGAAGUCUUCUGAAAUUUUGGAGUGAAAAUUGAGGAACAAAAUUUCGCUUCUCUUCGCAGUAGUGGAAAAAAAUGUUUACUUAUGAAGUAAAUGACCUCACACAAAUCAAACAUCUCCCCCAGUAAGCGGGAGGUGUUAUGUUAAUAUGUACAGUGUAUGUUCGGUUAGUUGUAAUUUUUGUCAAUUAGUUUAAUAUAGUGUUAAUCCGUUUCUUCUUUUUUUUUCUUCAGGGUAGCUACGACACUGAACUGCAAGCACUGCACGAGCUCAUCCAAAGAAAAGUUGUUACUCUGCUGAGUGAUCCUGAAAACAUUGUUAAACAAACGUUGUUGGAAAAUGGCAUCACACAACUGUGUGUUUUCUUUGGUCGACAGAAGGCAAAUGAUGUUCUGUUGUCGCACAUGAUCACUUUCCUUAAUGACAAGCAGGAUUGGCAGUUGAGAGGAGCUUUCUUUGAUAGUAUUGUUGGUGUUGCUGCCUAUGUUGGAUGGCAGAGUCUUGUGAUGCUCAGACCAUUGCUAGAGCAGGUUCGCAAUUGAUGUCUUUGUAAGUUUAUUUUUGGUUAAAUGAAAACAAACAACUGGGGCUAUGAAUAAGGGCUGUUACCUGUAACAGCUGUUACGGCUGAGUCACGCGAUGUACCGGGCGAAGAUGUCGAUUGCUGAUACGUUACACUUGGCCACGUUUUGCUCAGCUAUGGGUGAUAUCUCCAAUGUAGUGAUUGCUUCAAAACUUAUCGCCAGUCCUGACAACCCAUUCUAUUUAUUUAUUUAUUUGUUUAUGUUCCGCUUACCAUUUAGAAUAAUGCUAUUACUUAAUACGUAAUUUCUCUAUUUUAGUUGGUUUUGUCCUGUUUUUUUUUUCUGCAGGGCUUGAGUGAUACUGAAGAAUUUGUGGUGUGUAAAGCUUUGAAUGCGCUGACUUGUCUGGCCGAACUAGGAUUGCUUCAAAAACCGACGUUGCAAGAACUUGUAUUAGAGAUUGUUCCCUUUCUUUGCCAUCCCGUGAGUGCAAAUAACAAUGUUGCUUAAUAUACUCAGGCAAUUUUCAAAUUAGUGUCGAAAGUCAUUCGGGACCACAUGAGUUUAAGUUUGCAUGGACUUCCCUCUGUAAUUGGUCCAGAAAUCUCGCGCCACCCUCUCUUUGCAUUCAAUCAGAUGCGUUGAAAUUAAAACCAACUGCGAUUUGGUCUCUCGCGCUUUUUCGCGCUUGACUGAGAUCGGUCACGUGUUUUUUCUCCUGGUUCUCAUUCUCUGCAUGUGAUAUUUUGUUAUGAUUUGAUUGGCCGUCACGAUUACUUUCGUUUUGGAUUCACAACACUCAUUCGAAAUGUGCUCUUUCCAGAAUUAGAGAUAAAAGACAUUGAGGUGAUGUUCUCGUUUUCCUCAACAGAACAUGUGGGUUCGUUACGGGGCAGUCGGAUUUGUGGCUGCAGUGGCUCGUACUCUCAACAUAGCUGAUGUUCACUGCAAUCUGUUGCCUCUCCUUCAGCCAUUUCUCAAACAACCUGUUGUCCAAGUCGAUCAAGAGGUGCAGUAAUUUUGAAAUUGUUAGUUUACUGAUUUUCGCGCCAUCACGUCUUAGUACGUCAUUUGUACUUGUUCUGACGGAUUUGGGAAGGCUUUCACUUUUUCAAUCACCCCUUCAUCACGCAUUAAGGUCAUGAGAAUAAAGGAAAUGAUCACCAACUAACGAAGAUCUUGAUUGUUAAACUCCACUUGUCAACAGUUUAGGAAAUGAAUGGAAAACAGUAUGAAGAAUAUGCAUACUGUUAUUAGGUUGUAAAGGGAUGACACAAGAUCUCUGUACCAAUUUAUGUAAGUCAAACCGUAUUGACAUGAACAAUAAUACAUGCAUGACCAAUGGUAAAACGUUCUGUUGGUCUUUAGGUGAUCUUGGUGAGCUUGUUAAAGGAACCCAUAAACAGAGGUGUAUAUGAUUUUAUUAUCCGAUCACCCCACGUCGUCAGUCUCUUUGACAGGUACGGUAUGUCGUGUUUGGUGGUAUGUAUGUGACUAAUAUAGAAUUAUUCAACUUCAGUUACUUAGUAUUGUUAUGGGGGAGAAACAGUUGUUACUUUGAACAAGGGUCGUUCGCAUCACGAGAACUUGUCAAGUGACCACUUUUGAAUGCAAGUCAUGGAAGACGAACGCAUGUCAUUUCACUGUGAUAACGUUCUUGGGUAGAACCCGAUUUUGUAGGUUGUCUGUUGAUGGACUGCACUCUAUUAUAUGCCGUGCCGUGCCCUGGUUCUUAUUCAUUUUUCCCUCUCAGUUUACAGGACAGACAGUUGGUUCGUAAUCUGUGCCGUGCUGGUCAGAGACCAAAUUACCCAGAAACAGAUGAGGCUCUGGUACCCAUCUUCCGCAAACUGCACUCACAGGGAAUCACAGAGGAGGACGAAGAUAAAUUACUUUUCCUCAAGGAAGUGAUUCUCAAGCUACACAGAGCUAAAACAAGGUAAUUCCGUCCUUCACUCUUUACGGAUUCCAUGACUAGACGGUUGAUUUGUGUUCCCUAUGAGCUGGCUUUCGUCUUAAGGUCUUCGCCUGGCGGCCCCUUCUCCGGGUUCAGCCGCCUAUGUUGCCAUCAUCAGCCGCUUAUGGAAAAAGUUUUUGAAACCCUGUAACUGAACUACCAGUUUUGAUUUCCGAUAAAAGUUCAUAUUCUCGGACCGUUUCCUUUGCUCUUAACACGACUGUGUUUGAUGAUGAGUCGAUUUCUCCUAAAGAUCUGCAGGCCCAGUUGUUUAAAGCGGUUAGGGGUGAACAAAACAUACUGCGCCAUCCACCGGAUUUAUCCAGUGAGUGGCGUUAUCCAUCCUUCAAACAACUGGAGUCAGGCAUUUUGAUCAAAUAUGAACUUAGUGUAUGUCCAAGGUGACCACGAAUUCUCUGAAGCUUAGCUGUUACAGGAUCCGAAAACGGAAUUAGAAGCUCCGCGACUCUCACGGAGAAAUUAUUUCUUCCUCUGUCCUACGUGCGUGAGAAAUGUUUAUCUUUCCUCGUUUUGAUAGAGCGAUUUCUCAAUUGAGUGUCAAAACACUCUAACCAAAGUAAUCAUCAUCAUUAACCAAUGAGAACUCAAACUGCAAAACUUCUUGAAGCGCGAGUGAACUGGUCGCGAUUGGUCGUACUUUUCCAUCUGGUUGGCUGAGAGGGUGGUGAGAGUUUUCUUGACAUAUCCGAGAGCGUAGCGAAGCAAUCCUGGAUUAUUUUUUGACGUUCUAUUUAAAAUUCCAUAAACUAUUUCCUUUAGUGCCAUGGAACAGCCAGAUAGCAAUGAAGAAGUGAUGAGGGGAGACAUAAACCUCAAGACCCUUAAAGGGGGAAAGACUGUCACAAGACGGAACGCGGAACUUGUGAAAUCCACCGAGGGGAAAAACGACAUGAACUCAGCAAACAAGAAAGGAAGUGCUAAGAACAAAAGGAAUUCAAAUGCUGAACAGCCCUCGAUGGUGAGAUUGAGUUAUUUACACAUUCCUCUGUGAUUCUUGAGGGUGUUAAAUUGUGGCCAAGGCAUAAACCUACAAUGCUCUCUAGCUGGAAAGAUUUGUGGUAAAGAGCACUCGGGCAGUGGCUUGCUCGAGGUCACUUGGUACAUUACCCGUGCAUACGUACCCACUGAAGAGCGGUUGGGUUACGUGUGGUAUCCAGGGACUUCCAGUAUGUGCCGCUAGAAUACCAUCCCUAUGGAACCUGUCAACAAUGUGUGGAUCAGUAGGAGGGAAAGGAGAGUGGGUGGAGUAGGGGAGCAUUUGUAAACAGCCGCAAAGAACUAGUGACAAACAACCGCAACGAAACUUCUUGAGAACCCAAAGACCUGUUGAAAAUUAAAUUUAAUUUAUUUAAAUUCAAAUUUGAGUAUAAGGGGAGGCUUUCUUCUUUUUUUGUUUAUUCAUAAUAUUGUUAAGAGAGUUAAGCUACGUUUCUUGAUUGUUAGUUGCGUUUCUUGCUUUCAAACACAUGACAUCAACACAUAUCCCUGGCCGAUUAUCAUCGUUAAUGUCGUCAACGCCCAAGAUCUGAUUCAGUUUAUUCUCCCCUUUAGCUGUUACACAUCUUCUUGUAAAUUAGUUUCGAGAAUUUGGUAAUAGAUCAAGAUAACAACUUCUACCUGAUGAGUUUAAGUUCGAGUAUUCUCAUUUCCUGUGUGCUUGAUAAUGUAUGGAUAUUAUAGGGAGGAGUUACUUGUUGAUCACAUCUGGGAUUCAAAGAGUUUAUCCUAACUUCCUAUGGAGAAGUUACGUAUUAAUCAUUGUUGAUAGAACCCUGAAUGGCACCACAUGUUUGGAGGAGCAGAGAGCGCUGCAGUGGCGUUGGUCAUGGCAAGGAGAGAGUCCAUGCCAAUCAAUACAAAUCGACCAAAGUCUCCAUUAGGAAAAACCAUCUCCCUUCCGCCUGCUGGGGUGAGUUGGAAAGAGUUCGGAGUAAUUUGCAGUUUAUUGUCGAUAGCGAAUCGGGGUUGUAAUGGUUUUUCUUCUUCGUGAUUUGUUUAGAAAAUACCCGCCACUUUCUCAACCAGGUAGAUGGAGUACUACAACCAACCGCGACUUGGUCAUUGGCGGUUUUCCCGCGCGCCUGCUUGAUUUUAUUUUCGUGAUUAUUCACUCUUUUUAUAUUUUCCAUUACUGUAAUAGGCUAUUACUUACCUUUUUUUACGACAUUCAGUCAAAAUGCGCUCUAAUUAAUCAUAGCUAGGGCAUAUGAAGUGGCAAGUUUACGCGAGAAGCCUAUGUUGCAAAUCGCCUGUGCAGCUUGUUUCGGGGACCAAUUCUGUCGCAGCCAGAUCACGGAAGACUGCGAUCAUUGUCUACGUGACCUACUUCCCAUGCAUAGGGAACGUUUUAAGCGAACUUUUAUUAACAGAUGUCUUUUUAGUUUUAUUUAGAUUACAACUAGUUUUCUCUUUAGUGAUGAUUUUUUUUAACCUUGCACGUUUGUUUGCAUGUAUAUGUUGUUGUGUAAUUAAUAAAGACUACAUUCAUUCAUUCAUUCGUUAAAGAAAAACAAUUUCUUUGUCAUACUUGUCCCCAUCAUCUGUUGUAAGGACUUCCUUCCGACUAGUUAUUCCGUCCUUAAAGAAACGUUGAAAAUCUCUACUUCCAGAUUGACUGCGUUUAACACUGACACGUUUAAUAUUAUUUCAGGACAGUAACAAAGAUCAAGUGACUCUCAGCCCGCCUGUUAGCCGGCCCGCCACUAUACCGCGCCCGGAGUCUGGUUCCCAGUUAAAGAAACAAUCUUUGCCGGUCUCGCAAGAAUUUUUGACCCAGAAUCCAUUGCAAGCGCGGUAUGCACUGUGUAAGCUGGAUCUACGGAAACUGGUACACCACAAAAGAGAGCAAAAUGCUGCGGGUAAGUUUUAAGAAUGAUAGUUACUUCGCACAGUACUGAAAUGAGCUGCGGCUGCAUUUUCAUAAAAGAUUAGAAUGUUACUAGUCCUUUGCUCUUCAUGCCCAUAUUAGCACCGGCAAAGCGCGUGCCUUCACUUGGAUCUUGUGUUUUGGACUACUUAUGUUCAUCUUUUUCAAUGGAAUUAUAAAUGGCAACGCAAGUCUUAAAUUGACAUCACAGCCUUUGAUGAUAAUACAAAGCUGUCCUGUAGAAGAUACGCUCAAAGGUGUUCACAACUUGGUGGAGAGUGAAAAAAAUACAGGGUUGCAUUGCUUUACUUCACUAUGCUUUUGAUUGAUUCAGAGAACGCCUCUCAUCCUCUCAACCAAUCGGGUGUAAAAAUAACACCAACUGUCACUUUGUCAUUCACUUUUUCCCGCGCUUUAGGCAGUUUUACUUUGAGUUCCCAUUGGCUCCAUGAGAUACCUUCGUUUUUAUUUCUCUGCUUGGCCAUGGUGAUCACUUUCAACGUAAGUUCCAACAUUAUAUGGCAAAGCGCUCUGGUGUAUGUACUUGAGUAUUGGGAUUUUUUAUUUGAUUGCAGACAUGAAGGAGAAAGCUCUUCUUGGAAGCGUGCUAGCUGAAGGUAGUAAGCCGGUUCAGUCUCGGUAAGUUGACGUAAUACAGUCCUAUGGUAUGAGUAAGUUUUGGUAUGUAAAACAGAGGGUGUACAGGUAUUCAUGGGUCUGUGUUGUGUCAACAGAUGGGUUCCUAAAGGACUGUUAGUGGCUCAUCUACACGAGCAUAAGGCAGCCAUUAACAGGUAAAAGCCGACAUACAUAGUUGAUAGAGAUGACUAGCAAGAGAAACUUGAAUUAAUCAAUGAUAAAAAACAACCUCCGUGAUGCAAUUUAGGUUGGAUGCUUCCCUGAUCACUCACAACCUUUUUUUUUUUUUCUAUGUUCACAUGUCAUUGUGUCAGAAUAAAUUAAUGUGAAGUCCCUUUUUAGACAGUCAGUCCUGAGAAAAUAACUGGAGUGGUAUUGAACGUUGUGCGGGCUCAGUCAGGUUCAAAAAAUAGUUACAAUAACCAUAGCAAAGAAAUCUGUUGGGUUUCCCAAUCAGUCAACUUUAAAAAAAAAUUGUUCUUUUUAAUCAUCAAAAGACGUUAAUGUGGCGUUGUAAACAUGUCCUAAUCGCUUUCUAUCCCCAAUGAGAUCAGGAACGUGAUUCUCGACUAAGCGUUGUGAAACCAAAGCACAGGAGCCAAUGAGAAGUCAAAUCUAUGAAGGCUUAGUCAUGCGUAGGAAAACUCACCAUUUGGGUCAGUCUGUUAAUCUGAUUGGCUGGAAUAGUGGCGCGAGUUUUGUCGACCAAUCGUGGUGUAGUAAGGUAAAUUAAUCCCGCAGUACACUCAAUUGUUUUAAAAAGUAUUUAAAUGGACAUGUUGUUAUACUUUGCGCUUAGACUUCAGGUGAGUUCAGACUUCACGCACUUUGCCACUUCAUCUGAUGAUGGAUCUGUCAAACUGUGGGAUCUACAAAAACUUGAUGGCAGGAGUCUGAUUAACAAGUCCAGGCAGACGUACACCAGACAAGGUAACAUCUCUCACCGUACCACGCUUCAUUUAAAGGUUUCGCUGCGCCUUAAUGACCUGUCUGAGAGAUCUAAUGGCCUGAACUUGAGUAUCGAUCUAGGUCAUUUUUGUGGGCUUUCAAGCACGAUACCUCAAGUUAGACUCACAGAACGUCUCUACGAUCAGAAAUACAACAGUGUAUUUCGUCUGUCAAAAAUUGUUGGAGGAGAGAGAGACGAAGUAGCGAAAAUUCCGUUUAUUUACGAAACGAGUGAAAUCACUCUUCUCUAUGUCCUGCCUGAGGACUUAAACUAUAACCUUGUUAAUAGUUUUAGAGGUCUUGGGGAAAAUUGCCGGAACAUUUAGGGUAUGGAACCACCAGUCUAAAUCGACUGUGCGUGAAAGUUUGCUACCAGGCGAAUAAUUGAUUUGUGCCCGUUGUUUGUGCUCUAGGUUGGAAAAUGAAGGCGUUGACUUUCUGUCAAGGAUCCAUUUCCAUAGCUUGCGCUUCUGAUGAAGGAACCAUUGAUGUCUUUAGGUAGGAUUAAAAAAAAAGCAUUACCAAGCGGUUUGAAACGCUCUGCAAUGGAACAAAACAAAUCAACAUAUGACCCGUACGGCUCCGUGCGUACUUUUAGAUUAAAAAAAUAUAGUAAGAGGGUAGUACUAAUCGAAUUUUUGAAAUUGAAGGUUCAAGGUGUAUCUGUUCACUCUCGUGUUUACAUCGUUGGUGCGCUGUGCGUAAAGUGUUGUUGAUAUUUUAUGCUCUAAAAACAGAAUCGAGCAGGGCAGUCAGCAAACCAAUUCCAGGCUUGAAAAAAGAGUGGACCCCAAAGAAGAAGGGACAGUGGUAGAAUUGACUCAAUUUGAAACAGGUAACGCAGACACACAGUGUAUCAUCCACUUAGAGUAGGUUUUCGUUACUCUAUGCUUUGGUCUUAAUCAGUAAGAGACUGUUUCAUGCAUGGAAGACUUUCCGUGCUGCUCAUCCUAGCAGUAUGAAGUAUGAAUCCAGUAUGAACCCUGUUUAUCCGACUGCAAAUUCAAACCUGGGCCUCGAAUCCUUACGGGAAGUUGUAUUUGUCUUCGUCAUCCGCUUGUGAAGAAUUUUUAAAUUCUUCAUUUUCGUAUCUUUUUUUUUUGUAUGUAUUUCCUACCCUUGUUCGAAACCUUUCUUUUAGGUUCCCAGUCAGUGUUAACGUAUGCUACAUCUCAUGGUCUUAUCUGUGGUUGGGAUCUUCGAUCAUCUAAGCUGGCCUGGAAACUAGAAAACGAUCCAUCUCAUGGUAAUGUCAAUGGUAGAAUAUAAAUUUUUUUUUUUCAACGCACACGUCGUAAACACUGUCGUCUUGGUUGUUACAAAUGUUGCCUUUACUAGAAUACCAGCAACUUUAUUAGCUACACCCUUAACCCUUCGUCAUAUCAUCAGGCGAGCUAGCCCGCGAGCAUCUCUGUAAUCUCCUGGGUGGAGAAUAAGAGGGUAAUAGAAUAAGUAAGGCACCGUGACAGGGUUUCUUGUGAAAGGACACAAUUCAAUGGCUUUGCUUGCCCCAUGUAUCCUGAAUUUAGGGUGCAAACCGCGAAGUCACAGCCUGGACUACACUGUUUUUGUUGAGUAGCAUGUUUAUGGUGGAUAUGUCAGAGAUUUUUUCCAAGCUGGCAGUGGUCUCCUUUUUAGGCGGUAACCGUUAAAAUUUACCGCCUGUAGUACCUCGUAUUACAGCCUAAAAUCGUUUGGACUUCUUGAAAGUUCAACAAGCCAAAGGAUCGCUAGACCGGUGUAAAAAUAAUUGGAAAUACCGAGUUGAGAAGAGGCAUGGAAUGGCUAUUGAAAUGUUUUAGCGUAAUUGCUUAAUUUAGAACUUCAAGAAGAGACAAGCUAUAGCGGAUGCUGCUGUUUUGUAAACAUGGCUGUUGUAAAUUGGUCCUAAUCUCCUGGCCCCGGUUGUCCAAACAUGUAAUAACGCUAUCCACUGGAUAAAUCUCUACCCGAUGGAUAGCGCGGUACGUUUUCUUAACAGUUAUCCGCUGGAUAGUGAUUUAUCCAUUUGAUAGCGUUAUCCACUCUUUAAACAACUGGGCCCUGAUAUUUCUACAGCGAUGGGUCUCGGAGACUUGUAUCUUUUAUCAGCGGUAUGACGCAGCACUUGAAGUAAUCAAAACUGAUUCAUUCUCAGUUGUGAUUAGUUACAAUAAUUUUGACGUUUGUUUAUCAGGUGUGAUCACGUCCUUUGUGGUGGACCCUUGUCACAGUUGGCUGACCGUGGGGACGAGUGCUGGUAUGUUAGUCUGCUGGGAUCUACGAUUUCAGCUGCCGAUCACGAGUCUGUCUCAUCCAAGAGGUACUUUCUUUCUGUUUCACCCAAUUUCUUAACAUACGACGAUAGAUUUCAGAACGCAAUGUAAGGUUUUAAGUUAACAUUUACACGAUGGUUAUGAGUGCCGGAGUGCAUGCCUUUCCCCUCCCCUCUAAAGUACUUAUCACUUCACGGUAACAUUUUACCGUUUUUCCUAGAUGGAAAAGGACACAGCAAAAGUGUAUAAAUUAUACUUUCCCAUUUCUUUUUGUAAAUUUAAAGAUGAUGUAUCUCGGUUUGGGUCCCAGACAGACCUGUCUCACCCCAUCAAUAUGCUAACAACCGUAAGGGGUAGUCGCAUAGCAAGUGUGACGUUUGAUAAGGUUUUUUCAUGCUUGUAAUGCUUCUUUCUUGGUCACCAGGCGCCCGUGUUCGUCGGCUCGCCACACACCCGACCGAGCAGUCCUGGGUAGUGUCAGCCGUGCAAGGUAACAAUGAAGUGACCGUUUGGGACCUGGAGACUGGAGCGUGGAGACAAGCUCUGUGGGCAAGUCACACCCCUCCCCUCUCGCAAACACAGGUCUGUAGCUAUGCUCAAGGCUUUGAAUCUCAUCUAAGUGAUAUGUCUUGGUUGCAGUGUCCUGUGCCGUUGGACCUGAAAGGGUAUCUGUAUUCCUCAUCAGUUUUUCAUUACAUAAUACCGAAGAUAUGUGAGGUUGCUCAGAACUUCUUUUAUGUUUUUAAAACUAUGUUUUAUUAGAGAGUUUUAGAGAUGAGAAGGGGGAUAAAUCGUUUAUUAAAAUAAGUCUUGAGACUGAAUUACAUGUUUAAAAACAAUAAUGGAUAAUCUAUACACACACGAUAAAUAUAAUAAUGAAAUUUGAACUAUCCAGUGGCCUUGGUUGCAUGGUGCAUGAUAAACGAGUUCUUAAAUCUGUUAGUCUUGAUUAAUGGCAGCGAUCCACGUUUGUUGCGUUCACCGCAAACGUCAAACCGCGGUAAGCACUUUGAGGUUAGAGGUUAGAAGUUUCGAGGCUUUCAGCUUUUUAGAUCGACAUUGGCUUUUACCCAAAAUCGAAGUUCAAACGUGGACGGCAAACGGCAAACGUGACCGUUGAAGUCUGGUCACGUGACUGCUAGACGUUUGCGGUCAUGCGUAUUCAGAAACAAACGUGGAUCUAAAACUCCCUUGUUUACUACACAAAGGCUUUGAUGCCGCAUAGAGAAGGAAAUAGCGGCGGAGAAUCCUCUGAGUAAUCGCUAUUCUCGUCUGGUUUCUAGGUUUCCCCUAACGCAGUGCAUGCGCUGUAUACAAGCAGAAAGGAUGUUAGUCCGUACAUCCUGACCGCAGGCUCAGAUCGGCGGAUUCGGCUGUGGGACCUGGCCUAUCCUGAACGUUCCCAGAUGGUGGCAGGAGUUGCUACUGAUAACCUGAAUGGUGUGGUACUACAGUACAAGUAAGGACUACCUUAUCGAGUAUACUAUCGUCAAUUGUAUCUUGACGGAGUAUUUAAAGGCUGAGAACAUGGUCAAUUGACAACAAUUUCGUUAUUUUCAUUUGUCAGAUCUAGGUCAUCACAAUUGUUUCUUUGUUUAAUUUGCACUUUACUCUAAAAUAGUUUCAACUUACCUCGCGGUUUAUUCAUCCAGCGAAAUAGCGUUAUCGAGAUUUAAUUUUUUGGCAAAAUUUAAAGAUAUCUCGUUGUUUAUUAAAAGCGGCCUUGAAUUUUCCAAUAGUUUAUUGUAUUUCAGAAAACCAAUGCUAUACACGCAUCAUCUAUAUGCUUGUUUCUUUUUCUAGAUCACGUCUUAUAGACGGUACCGAUGUACUCCAGGAAGUUUACUGUAAGCCACGCCAGGGUGGCAUACAUGAUGAUCUACCUCGACGAGGACCCGACCAUCCCCCUAUGGGACAUCAUGAAUGUAUCAACGACAUCGCAGUCACUAAAUUACCCCAGAACUAUAUCAUAUCGGCUGGCAGGGAUGGCGUGCUCAAAAUAUGGAAGUAACUCACUGCUCUUAUCCCGAGGAAUUACGUUGCCUUAGAGUCAGCAAAACACUUUUAAACCGGUCGUAGAUAAUUACAUUUGAUGUUGACAGUUGUUGAGAUAUCCCCAGGGGGAACUGGUUAAUCGACAGAGACGAUCAGUCAAGUCAAGUUAAAGGAGAAACGCUAUAGUAGAGGAAAACAUCUAUAUUAUUUGUCAAAUGUUUUGAAAAUGUCCUGCUUUCUUCAGGUUUACAAAUAUGUUUUAAACCAAUUUUCAAAUGACCCUUUGAAAGCUACAAUAUAUGAUGCAAUCAUCAUUCACAGGCUUGUGGUUCAUUUUCCUUGUUUUUCUUCCGUUUGUUUGGUUACUUUUAUAUAUUUUUAAUCAGUAGUUGAUUCAGGCAAUUAUAGCGCGGUCGAUUAAAUAUCUGCUAACUGCUAUUAUGAUAGCGAAAAUAAUUGGUUUAUAAGACCCGAAGCCAGUCGGAGGGACCUUUUCUCACCCAACCUUAAAGCCUGUUUCCCCCUUCCCUCUCAUGGGGUGGGGAAUAGAAUAUGAACAGCUUCUUUCCCAGGGUCGUAGAGCAGAUUUCUACGAGGAUUGUUGGAUGCAGUAAGAAAAUCUAGAAACCCUCUCGUGCCGCGCAACAUAUGAUGCAGUCUUCAGGAUAUGUGACCAGAAGGAUGGCGUUACCUUGGCUUCUCACAGGACUAAAGCGUGGCUUUAAUCAUAUGAGAAAGCAAAGGGUACUUGGUCCUCAACUAGAACCUUUGAACUUUGUUCAGGCACAUGAUCUAAAUUGAAUACUAAAUAUUUUAUAAUUCACGUGGAAGCAAAGAUAAGCCUUUAAGCUUAUCUCAGCUCCAGUCCUGCUACAGCAUUACAAAGAAAUACAUACCGAGGUAAGCAUAAUCGAUCUUUGCAGUGGAAUUAAUAGCUUCUUCACCUUAAACGUCGACGAAUUUCCGUUCAAAAAAUUGAUUUUAACUUUUACCAACUCUAACAUAGAGGGCAACAUCUGAUUUGCUCGCCAAAGUAAUGUAGAGAUAACUUGACAGAUCGCCAUUGAAUUGCCAAAAUUUUUCUUUGAUAAAGAGAAAAUAGUUUACUUGCAAUUUGUUCGUGCUGAGAAUUUCUGAUUCAACGCGAAUUAUCGGUGAGGUGAUUCUUUUAACACAGUGUAUAUAUUCAGGCGUUUGUUGUUGUAUGGCAACUGUUAACUGCACAAAUACCUGUUGAUUUUUCAAAUUUCGAAUUCAAUUUUUUUCUCUGAUAAAAAGGACACUGAUGCAAUAUCUUCGGAACUUUUUCGGAAAUCGUCGGGACAUCUUUGGUGUUUCUUCGGAAGGUGUCGGAAUAUUUUUGGAAAUUUCACUAAGCCAGGUGCCAAGCGUUUAAUUUUUCUCUUUCAGGUGAAUCUGAUGUUAGCUCUUCCGCAUGCAAACACAAGCAUGGGGAAACAAAUACUCAACAUUUGGAACGGAAUCUUAUUUAUAAGUGUGUUCAUUGGUAAGUGGUUAUAUCGAAGCUUCUCUUCUUGUUGUUAAACUAAACUACAAAAUUAAGUCCAGCUCUGUCAGAUGCACAUCUGUGUUUUGAACAACUUGUGAUGUAGUUCAUGAGCGGGUAGAAAAGAGCCCCAAGUACUUUGUAAUUCUUAAUAGUUAUGAUAAUAAUCUUUUUUAGAGCACCUUUGACAUUUUUCCGAAGUUUGUUUGGUUAUAUUUAGCAUUUAAUGAAGAUUUGAAUUCAAAGUCCGAAGUGAUUUGGGUUUUAGCCAUCACGACGAGUUUUUGGUUUUGACAGUCCUCUCUUCUUCCAUUAUGGACGGGUUUAGUUUAUGUGCUGACAUUGCCUUGGACCCAACCCUAAGUUUUUCGUUAUGGCUUUCUGAGUCAAAAAUUGAAUGUUUGAUCACAAGUUUAAAUUCCGUUGUUGUUCAUUCGUGAGAUCUUCCUGUGUGAGGAUUAGUGUUCUUGUGAAAAUGUUUAAUCUUCCAAGAUCAUUUUUCGUACAUGCCCACUCAUGUCUACUAAUACUAUAAAUAGGAGCGAUUUCUACAGAGUCGGUUAGAGAAAGCCAAGGAGCAGACAAGUUAGAGAAGUUAAUCAGUUCUGUGAGAAGAAUUAUAUCAUAAAAGAGGGUUUAGAGAAGAACUGAAAGCACGGUUCAUGGGUCCUGGUUACGUUUCGCUGAGAGUGGUACGCUCUGUAGAUAUUUUCUCGCCUUCCACUUGCAACACUAACUUCACCCAAACGAUGCUCCUUUUUUUUCCCAAUUCAGUUGGUGACAAUGAUGCCGCAAAUUCCUGUCCCAGUCUCCCAAUCACAUAUGCUUCGGACGGCGAUAACGUUACUCUCUGCUGGCGAAUUACAGUCAACGCUAGUAGUGUGAACCGCUAUAUUAUCAAGGCACUGAAAAGGCCAAUCCAAACCAACAUGGAUGAAGUCGCCUCUGCAAAUGGGACAGGACAUUUUGAAGAGGUAUACGUUAAAUAUCAUGACGGCUUGUACCUCAACAAAGUUACCGUCUUCGCCGAUUUAUCUGCGGGAAUGUUGUACCUCAGAAUCAAAAACUACACCAGAAAGAUGGACAAUGUCUACUGUGUGUUGUACAAUAUUUCAGACGGUCCUCCUUUGGAAGCGUGUCACUCUCAAGCGCUGUUACUUCGAAAUGUUGGUGAGUUCAUCUCAUGUGUCCGGUGUAGAAAUGACUAACCACACUCAGACCAUCAGACUCAACACAUUGGACUGUUAGUCGUGAUUUUGAAACCAUGCACUUGUCACUGUAAUUACUCAGGAUCCUUAGCCCUGACUAUAGAGAUUUUGAUUCUUAAUUUUGAAUGAGUAUAGGCCUACAACAGUUUUUAAAAAAAGCAACCUGUUUAUGGAAACUAUAGACCACAGUUUUGACACCCAGACAUUCUGUAGUUUUCCCAUGGUUAAAGGAUGUCUCCGUGAUCAGUUUUUUGAGAAACGUAAUUGUGUCACGACUGAAGAUAAUUAGAUAUUUGUUUUGUAUUGCUUUGUAAUUAUGCUCUCCGCGAUGGGACCAGAGACUCGGGUCAUUUUACUGUUUUGCAGCAAGCUAUGAAGAACCAAAAGCGCGAAUUCCCCUAGCCUUCGUGUAACCGUACCCUCCCCCCCCCCCCAGGGUGAAACGGAGGCGAGGUAACCUUGGGGGGGAGGAUACGGCUACACAUAGGCUAGAAUUUCCCUACCCAAUCAUGCAACCAAAUAAAGCAGAACCAAAGCAGUCACUGAUUUCUUUCAAUUCCCAUUUGUAAACGGAUUUAUCUCUCCUGAACAUAAUCUGCAGACCACCGUGAAUCCCCAGUACAAACUACCACAACGAUGACCACAGAAACCACCUCGAAAACUACCACGGCAACCAUCACCACGGCGACUAUCACCACGGCGACUAUCACCACGGCGACUAUCACCACAGCACCCGCAACUGAAAAUACAGAAAUCACAGAGGUGACAACUGAAGGUGGGUACUCGUGGAUUAGUGUUUGUUAGUUUGUGGUUUCGCAUGAAGCAUGCGCAUUUAGAUUAGCUCAGGAGUUAAGAUGCUCAUGUAUUUACGUAAAUUGUAUCACUCCAAGCGUGGCGUAUAACCCUACCUCACCCCUUACCCCCACCCCCUUAGCAGUUUUGUUAGUCAAUGGGAACUUUUUUCUCUCUUUCCCCCUUCCCAACCCCCCCCCCCCCUCCCUUCUUCUCCCUUCACCCUACAAUCCCUUGCAUUCUGCUUUCGCUCGCACUUCAGACGAAGAUAGAGUUGAAAGACGUUUUACUAAGAAGAUGAGGGGGCAGGGGGGUAGGGGGGAGGAGGAGGGAGAAAUUGUCAGGUAGCUGAGUUCUAUUCUUUUCUUUUCAGGUUCACCUACUGUCCAGCCUUACAGAACGGCUUUGAUAAUCAUGAGCUGUUUGUUUGCUAUUGCUCUCAUUCUUGCCAUUUUUGGUUUCGUUUUGUGUUGCUGUGCAAGAAAAUCCCAUCAAGCCAACUUAAAAUCCGACAUCCUCGAAGAAACUGAGUCCCUUUAGCUGCAAAUUGAUUCUUUUUUGUUCUUUAAGCUGCAGUAGGUUAAAUGAAAUUUAGAGCUACGGAAGAGAGAAACAAGUAUUAGAUCCUGAGACUUACAGAAAUAUUUAUCUCAUGAGCUCUUUGGUCAGACAAUGCGGCAAAUUCUUAUUCUACAACUUUGUAUAUCGCCUUAGCGGAAAAAAAUCAGCUUCAAGAUUCAGGGUGGACGCUUAAAAUGUGCAUUUCAUUGAGACUAACUUGGUUUAGAACUGGUUGUUGCGGUUUGUCGCGGUUUGUUCAAUGUUUAAACAUUGACCUCCAAUUUGCGCCAAAGUAUGUUCGAAUAUUGGUCUGCAGACUUCAUCUCUUCUGAGGAGCCGGCAGUUUUCCGAGAGCGAAGCUUGAGGAAACACGAACUUCAAGAAACAGAUGAUGUCCACGGACAAAUAUACGAGCAUAUUUGCGAGCCAAAUGGAGGCUGAACGGUGUUUAUCAUCCUUCAUAUGUUUCUGCUGCGCGCAAGACAGAAUGUGACAAAUGACUCACCGUCAAAACUUUUACAGCGAACGAUUUGUUUCUUCAGUUUCCUUGCUUUUGAACAAAACGAAGAAGUUUAUUGUAUUGAGCAUCAAGUUUAACAAUUUUGCCAUAUCAUCAAUUAAAGUCUUAAAUAUUGAGUUAGGUUUUUUCUUAUGAGUUAUCACGGAUUUCUCAUUUCUUUUGUUUUUAUCUUGUAACCAUCAAUUCAACUGCCCCUGUAUCUACACGUAUGUAACUAGCUGUAAGCUGCAUAAACUAUGGUAUAGUAUGUAGUGGUUAAUGAUUUAGGAAUGUUUUAUUCUGUGUUUUCCUAUUCUAACGAAAUCGUAGAUAGUAUAUAGUUGUACCAGGGCCAAUUAUGAUCAGCUAGGUCAGGUUAUACACAUAAAUUUGCCAUUUAUUUCUAACUCUCAAGGAAAGUUACCCGCUCAAUAAACGUGGCCCUCUUUAGUCACGUACAGGGAUAUUUUUCGUGAUUGGAUGAAUUUCUUUAUUGACGUGAUCAGUCAAUGAUCGAAAGGCUUCUCGUGAACCGUGAAGAACUUGAAUCAGUAACCGAUAUUUGUGAUUUUACCACCUGAUACCGUCAUUAUUCCACGAGAAUUGAAGCACGAUUCCAUCGAAGAUCAGUUUAGGAAGAUCAGUGGACUGUGACGCCAUGAACACAAUCGUGAGCUAUUGGCAACGGAAGAGUCUGCAAUUUAGGAUGCGGAUUUCGUAACAUCUGUUCGACAACUUUUCAGAAAGGC